AGCUGGAGAAGCGGCCGCAGCCGCAGCCGCCUCGGAGCUCUGAGGAGCUGGAGGAUCUGCACAAGCUGCUGCAUUUCCCCGAGGAGGUGGCGCUCAGGUUAACGGAAAGCGAGUACCAACUGUUCUACCAGGUACCACCGCAUGAGUACCUAAGGCACGUGGCACAGGAUCAGACCACGUUGCAGAAACCACCUGCCAGGCCACCCCCGUCGCCGAGUCGCAGCUGCAGCAACCCCAGCACCACCAACAGCUCGACCCAAACCGAGGACGAAACUUCUUGGCCUGUCGCCACGGUGUACUCCACUGUGCAGACCCUCAUCGAUCGUUUUAAUGAGGUAAGCUCAUGGGUCACACACGCCAUCACCAGCGGUGCCACGACAGAGGAACGACAGGCAGUGUUGUCCUGUCUCCUACGCGUUGCGCUAACCUGUUGGAAUACCGGAAACUUUAAUUCAGCCAUGGAGAUAAUCGCCGGUCUCAAGUCCAACAAGCUAAACCCGUUUUGGCCCGACGUGAAAGAGCGCGUACCUGUUAUGGAAUAUCUCUCCUCCGCCCUUCUGUCUUCCGAAUAUGAGCGUGCGCUUGCUCGCGCUCUCGCGAUGCCGGAAUGCCCAGUGGUGCCAUUUUUCGGAGCCUUCCUGCGCGAGCUGCGGGAAGUUAUUGCAUGCGAAACGAAGCCUCAGUUCGAGUUCAGGGAAAGUCGCGAAUCGCCACGUGCUAGCGUUAAGGAGAGCGAACCUCAAGAACACGUGCCUUCGUCUGCGCCGGCUGCCAGGAUCGCCGUCGAAAGUAACACAGAAACACCGUCAGGAUGGAGUUCGAAGAGCGGUUCUUUGAACAAACCGGAGAAUCCCGCUGUAUACGAUACAAAUUCCAUUCUCGACAAAGUUGCCCUCUUUCACAAGCAUCGACAUGCCCGUGGCAGAGACAUGACUACCGGUUCCCUUCAUCACACUCUGAGCGUUCACACGACCGCGAUUGAGCAAACUUAUAUGGCGGAGGAAUGUGACGAGAACGACUAUCAUCUUGACUUGGACUCCUAUAAGCCUGUACAGCCAAUCAAAGUUGAUCAUGGAGUCUCUCUGUUUCCGGUUGCCGCGCCACAUACUGGCAUGGAUCUUCAUCUCUUGCAAACGCUGCAUCAUGGCACAACUAUGGUACACUGGGACUGUGAGGGUGGUACCUCGAGGACAGCGUUGGUGUUCGCACGCGUCGAUCGCGCCUGUGGUACUUUCAUAUGGGAAAAGCCAGCCUGGAGCCCCUUGAAAACAGCACAAGUCGGCGGUGCUUCUCUCACGGAUUUUUCACUGGCCACGAAUGUGGAGGACACGGUGCCAAUGGGCCUAGUCAGCAGGUACACGCAGCCGCAGGCUGACUGCGCUUCCGUUACUUUAGAGGAAGGACAUCUCGACCUGGGAUCAGUGAAAGAGAUAAUGAUUGGCUGCUGCGAUCGCGAUCGAGAGGCUGAUCUCAGGAGCAUCUGCAAGAGAUACGGCCUACCCGGCUCCGACUCUUGUAUCGGCCUCAUGUAUGGAUCUAGCCUUCCGGACAAUCGACUGAUCUUCCUACUCUGUCCUCCCUCCCUUAGCAAAAUAUGGUAUAUGGGAUUAUGUUGGAUACUGCGAGGCCUCAAACGACAACAGCAACUAACAGAUCGUAGAUCGCGCUGGUUGAAGGAGAAGUAUCUCCAGCUGUACUUUUCUUACUUGGAACAGCCGAUUGAAGGCUUAGAACAGCCGACGACAGCUGACGCUAUACGCAUCUUUGGCGGUCGCGAUUGGUCCAUGACAGAAAGUGUUGGCACGCUAUCCCCAACAAGCAGCAGUACAUUACGCAGACGAAAUGUUAAAGGCAAAAAGACAAAAUCGAUUGGCAACAUUCAUGCUUUAACCAAGGACUUGAGUCUAAAACAGUACGAAACUUCGACCUCGGACGGAGGUCUAUCGAUCACACCUCUUCGUCACAUCGCGGGAAGUAGAGAAUCUCUAACGAGGAUCCUACCAGCAUCACCACGGGCGAGCCGAGAUCGAAUCCCACCGCGCAGCCCGCCUGGCUCAGCUGAACGUAUCAUUGCUUCCAAUUUGCCAUACUCCACUUUUCAAAGUCUGUUGUGUGUUGCCAGAGAAAAAGACAAGAACGGAUCUGGUGGCAUACCUGGAAGCUCGGAGGCUCCUUGGCAAGUAAAAGCGCGUACUACUUCGAUCAUGUACGAGACGCAACUAAACAUCGUCGAGUUCGUCGCGCUUUUCCGAUCGUUCAGCUUACGCGCCAGAAAGGAUUUGCGAGAUUUGUUCGGCCAGUUAGCGAUCACUUGUCGUAGUCAGAGUGAUGGAUCAUUGAGGGACUUCAACAUUCGUCCGGCAGUGCUCAGACAAACCAGCGACGCCACUCCACAAAGAAUUGGUUUGCUGACAAGAAAUAACUCUAUCGAUUGUCACGAAUAUAAGACGAGCAGUAAUCUACAAAAGAAGCAGGUCUUUGAUGCCGUCGCGGCGGCAAGCAUAGUUAACAAUUGCUCUGGCGUGGACACAUCGAAAUCCCAAGUGAUCACUUUGGCGACAUUCACAAAAUUCUUGGAGUCCCGACAACAAGAAAAACUGAGUGACGAGGAAAUCAAGACGUUGAUUAAGAGACACGAACCGGACCCAGCGCUUCGUACACAGUGGUGUUUGUCUUUCGAGGGUUUUGCGCGGUAUAUGAUGGACAAGGAUAAUUAUGCCUUUCCUAACGAGUAUGCAACACCAUCCGAAACUGAGAUGCAGCAGCCUAUGUCGCAAUAUUACAUCGCUAGCUCUCACAACACUUAUUUGACCGGGCAUCAGCUCAAAGGGGAAUCCUCCGUGCAGUUGUAUUCACAGGUACUCUUAACAGGAUGUCGAUGUGUAGAACUCGAUUGUUGGGAUGGUGACGAUGGAUCCCCAUUGAUUUAUCACGGCCAUACGUUUACUACCAAAAUACCAUUUCGAUUGGUUGUGGAAGCGAUCGAUCGAAGCGCUUUCGUUAUUUCUCCGUAUCCUGUAAUCCUUUCCAUCGAGAAUCAUUGCUCACCAAGUCAACAAGCUCGUAUGGCUCAAAUAUUUCAGUCCGUUUUUGGCGAGAAAUUGGUAACGCAAUUCCUCUUCGAAACCGAUUUCGGCGACGAUCCACAACUACCAUCGCCGUCGCAACUUCGUUAUCGAAUCUUGAUCAAAAACAAAAAAUUGGUGGUCGAUCCUACCGGUCCUUUGUCGCACACACCUCUCAGCCAUCGCGGAAAAAUGCUUAUGUCGGAUCGCGCAUCAUCUAUGAAACAAAUGAGAACUGAUUUGAGCAGCACAUCGGUUGUCGAGUACUUCAGCGAAGAUGAAGAUGACGAAGAGGACGAUGAUGAAGAUGAUAAUAUCGAUGAUAAUUCGAUUUCGAGCUACGAGCGAUAUUUGGGUGGCAGCCAAAUGCCGCAUGGUCGUUUGAAGUCGGAUCCGGCAGUGGAUGACAAAUCGCAAAAACAGAGCAGUCAGAUAGCCAAGGAGUUAUCAGACUUGGUGAUUUAUCUGCAGGCAAUUAAAUUUCGCGGACUGAAUACCACACCCGGAACAGUAAUACCAGGAAAAGUACGUCAUCAACCACAUACGGGACCGGUUCAAAGACACAGUAUCGCCGGUAUAGGACCCAGUAGCAUAGCUUCCGGAUCUUCAGGAUCACCCCAAUCGCUUUCGACGUCCGCUUCAAUCGCAAGCGGUGGCAGCAACAUCGACAAUAUCUUCAGAUCCACUCGCGGAAUGCCAGCCUGCUUCCAAUGUUCGUCUCUGAACGAGAGCACGGCAAAGAAGAUUUGUAGAAAGCAACCAUUAGGCGUAGUUGCCCAUGCGGAGACUCAGCUCAUUCGAACCUAUCCCGCAGGAAUGCGUAUCGAUUCUACAAAUUUCAAUCCUGUAAUAUUUUGGGCUUUCGGAAUACAAAUGGUCGCACUAAACUAUCAAACCGAUGACGCAGGACUAAAUCUGAAUGCAGCCAUGUUCGAACAAAAUGGUCAAUGUGGAUAUGUUAGGAAACCUUCGGUAAUGUGGGAUAAAGGACACAUGAUGUACAGGCGGUUUAACCCUUGGGACAAAGAGUUCGACGGGCUACACUCUGCGCACUUGAGUCUGUCGAUAGUCUCUGGACAGUACGUUUCACCUACGAACUUCAUCAAUAGCACGUACGUCGAAGUCGAGUUGGUCGGUAUACCGAUUGACUGCGCAAAGCACAAAACGAAGGUGAUCCAAAACAACGCGUUGAAUCCCAUCUGGAACGAAAAGUUCUGCUUCCAAGUGAUGUUCAAGGACCUCGCCUUUCUACGUUUUGGCGUUUUCGAGGCGAGUUCACACCAUUUGAUUGCGCAACGUGUGAUACCCCUCAAAUGUCUACGUCCUGGUUACCGACACGUACGAUUACGCUCCUGCAAGAACAAGCCGUUGGCCUUGUCUACGCUUUUUAUUUAUUCCCGAUUGGAGGAGGAGAGCUUGGAUUACAACACCUGCUGUCGCGAUCACAAGGAGUCAUCUAAGCGCCUUCCAUCGAGCAAGGAACCUGAGAAACUGAGUACCGUCAAUCCUGGUCUGGGUGGCGUCACUUUAAAGAGGCGGAUGUUCUUCUUGAAAGUCUUCCACGUAAUACCAGAAGAACCAUACACUAUUCUGAAGGUAACUCAGGAGAGUACCACGCAGGAGGUGAUGUUGCAGGCAUUGCAAAAGGCUGGAAUAUCGGCCGAACACGUGGACGAGUACAUCUUAGUGGAGGAAGUAUCUCGCGGCUGGGAAAAACGGGAUAAAGAAGAAUUGCCGACUCAACGAGUGUUGGAUCCUAUGGAGCGUCCUCUUCAAGCGCAGGCUCUCUGGAAAGGCCAGGGUCGUUUCCUUCUGAAACGAGUAGGCGACGAUCCGAGCAGCAGAGCGUGGCUCGCCUCUAUCAGGAGCACGGCAGGUCACUCGAAGCUCAGCGAUCCCAACACGAGGGACCAAUCUACUCACAUAUGGGACGAAGCGGAUACCUUCCUGGUUUGCAUUUACAAUGUCUCACCGGAGAUUCCUUACGCGAUUCUACGUGUGCCGAUAAGCAGCUCGGCCCAGGACGUGCUGGCACAAGCGUUGGUGAAAGCUAGAAGAAUGGAGAAUCCGUCAAAAUUCGUGCUGGUCGAGGAGUUGGAAUGGGUUGGCGCGGGUAGCGUUGGUAGCGGAAACCGCCAGUUGCGGGUAUUGAACGACGACGAGAACAUUUAUAGCACGCAAGCGUUUUGGAAGACUCUCGGUAAAUUCAUCCUCCGAGAAAGGGAACAAGCCAUCCCGAGACGGCACCUUUUACCCGCUACUCUCGACAGACUCAGCAAAGGAUUCUCCGUAGGCAGAUCGGUAUCUCUGCCAGGAUCCAGCAAGGAGAAGGUGCCCGUUUCCGAGGCAUUGUCAGAUCCCACCUCCAGAGGCCUGAGACACCGGCUGCUGAUGCCAGGACGUAGACGAGAGGUUCACUCUGAUGGCGAAGACAUUCGCGAGUCCGAUCUACUGAACGCUGCUCUUCACUUGAAGAAAGUCUCGUUGAGAAAAUUAAGGGUUUGGAAGUCAUAGUGGCAGUCAAGGGCGACGUCGAUAUCAUCGAUCUUCGCCGCUCGGAGAAGCCAACUAUAAAUUCGUAGUCCUAUUAUUGUAAUCAAAAUCGAGUCCUGAUUAUACAAAAUGAUUCUAUGACGACGAUCCUGGUCAGGAAUAAUUUCAAAUAGAGCUUGGAGAAAUCGAAAAAUUUCACUUUAUCUUUGCGAUAGAAAUAUCAGCAGCGCUCGAGAAAGAAUUACAAUUAGCAAGUCCUUACAUCUGAUGGCACAAUCAGAAUAAUGAACUACCAUCGCGUUACUAAGGAAACAUUAAACAGCGCGUUUUUUUAUCAUUGACUAUGAAGCGACAUUAUAUACGAGAAAGAAUACGAUCUCUGAAAUGGCAGAAGAACUGAUUUCUUUAUAGUGGUUCUUUGGGAUUCUUCGGACAUAGCAUUCUUAAACUCAAUUAUGCGCGCCAUUAAUUCCGUAAUAUUUUAAUAAAAAGUUAGAUUAAUCGACUAUUACUGCAAAAUCAAUGAUUUACCAAAGAGAAAUGGACCGAAAUGGAGAUUAUCACACGCAAGCAUUUUCAAGAAUUUUUUAAGUCUUAAUAUAGCAUAUAUCUGAUCUCUAUAGCAGCCAAUACUGACCGUACAAUUAUUAAGUGACAAAAGCGAUGACCCUUGAGUCUUCUUAAGUUCGGUGACAGGCAUGGAAGCCAAGCAUCGUACCGAUUCAUUUCGCGUGGCAGUAAAUUUGUUAGAUGCAAGUCAAUACGUAACUGCCGCGUCUGAUCGACGUGCUGGCGCGUCGAAAAGUUAGUGCCACGUCGUGCUUGAUUUUAUUAUUUUUAUACAACGAAUAAAAUGCGAGACCGCGCCGCGCGAGCUUGCGAUCCAUUUUCGAAGGGCGAUUGCUCGCGAUCUCUAAAGAUUUUGCCAAACGAUGUAUGAUUCUAAGUAAUCUAGAUCAGCAACACAUUCGCGAUAUUCGUAUAUUUAAACGUAUCGGAAGUACUUCCCGUUUGAACAUGUUUCCGUUUGAAAUAUAUCAGACCGAUACCGUUAUCUCCAAAGGGUCCACGGCUUUACGUGACUUCUUCUCAUCAUUUGUGAGCAUCGUCUUCAUCAUUUACGUCGUACCUGAAGUUUUACAUUGAGACAAGUUACGCAUUCACGCGCCAGAGCUCUAUAAUAAAGUCAUAUAUCGCUGUUAUCACUUUGUUUGUUUGCUCUAUUAACGUUGAUGACGUUGAAUUUCUUUUUGCGUCUAGUCAACCACGUAAUAAGGAACUUGAGUAGAGUCCGAUGAGAGAGCAUCGUAAUGUAUAUUGGAAGUUGCUAAUUAAAGAUCAUAUUUACUAUAUAUUGUUAACGUUAGAGGGUAGAUCGGUGUUGCAUUCUCGAUUACCGUCCCUCUCUCCCAACUGUUUUAGCGAAUAUAUACGUAUAGAUUGUAAAUACGAGACCAAGGAGUGUCGAUGAAAAUACGCGUUUUCGAACGUGCUAUCGCUCGAUUUAAUUAUUUUUUCACGCGAGAAAGCAUUCGCGUAUCGACGAGUUCUGUCGUGCGUUCGAAACCGGCAGCCUAAUUUUACCGAAAAUAAUCUCGCUAACAUUAGUUAAACUAAUGAGAAAUAAUACAGAAUCUCCGACAUUACGAGCCAGUGAGAUCGCGAAUAGCCUUGCCCCGUCUUCCACGGAUCGUUUCAGAUAUUUUAUAUUUUUGUGACGUCCCUGCAGACUGAUGUCUUAGGAGAAGCUGUACAGUUAACACACGACACGAAAACGUUGGGAUUUUUUAACACCUUGAGAGAAAAUAUAUUCCAUACACGAAACAUAUCCUUUUCCGAGAUGCUUUGCGAUGUCACUGGGGACUCUGUAUAUUUUUGGAUACUUCCUUUCUAUUAUUAUAGUUGCUUCAUUUCUUCGAAAAUACGUAACCACAUAUCCAUCAGAGACCAAACAGACAAACAAAAUAAAAAAUGAAAAACGAACACACAGGCCAAUUAUAUUAUUAUCCUAUAUUAUAAUAUAUAUCCCUGAGUAAGAAUAAAAAGUAAAACAAGUAUCGUUCGAUAAAAUUUCUGUACAGAUAGCAUAGAUCGGCUCAUCAGCCUGACCCUCAUAUCUGUUGAGAAGAAAUCUAAGACAGUAUGUAAAUCAAAUCAUUGAAGAGGAACAAGAUAUGGGCCAACUAUAUUUAUAGAUCUGUUAGAUAUUUAUUUGCUAUAGAUUGCAUGAUCGUGCAAGUACAUAGAUCGAGCUAGCCAACAUCUGAUCUAAUAAUUGCCGCAUCUACCAUCAACUACACUUGGCAAUAUUGCAGGCGUAAGGUGAUCAGUACAUUCUCUUUUCUAAAAGAUAUUAUCCGCUACUCACUCAAUUUCAACUUCAAUGUUUUGUAUAUUUAUGUUAAUUACAAAUAAUUAAAAAUUAUAAAUGUGUUUUUCAAUUAAUAUAAUUUACCGUUAUAAUUAUAAUUUCUCAUUUCUUUCAUGGAGGAAUAUUCCUCACUGUUAGAAUCUAAAAGCCUUAUGCAAAGCAAUCCAUUUUGGUAAAUUAUCCUAAAUUUGAUCAUCUUAUGCGAGCAUUGAUUUCGAUGCAUUGAAACGUUUGAAAUAUCGGCAGCGGAAGAUUUGUAGGUACGCGUAACAUUUGUAAAUUGCAAACAACUUGGUAACGCCCACGCAUUUUCACCAGCGUGCAGUUGUAAGUAAAACCCAAAGCAAAAUGUAUUCCGGUAUGCCGUAACAGUAUUUAUGUAAUAUAUCAACAUUCUGAAACGUUAUGUACAUAGCAGUAACGAACAAUGGCUACUAAUAACAAUAACUACUGUAAUUAAUAUUCGACGCUCCUUGGACCUCCGGCUAAACCCCCGCAUUCGAGAGAAUCAUCGAUUAUGGAUAGUGUCUAUCGAGCGUUACGUCUCGGUUGUAAUCGUUGUGACCGUUCGUUGUUAUGCUGCCGCAGAGGACGUUGUAACGAGUUGCUAAACUUGUUUCCAAAAGCAUAUCAAAAGCAUAGAUACCGUCAGUGGAAGAUUACACUUUGUCAAAUCACAAUUAAACUUUACUGAUACAACUUAGGCUUCAAAUUAAUAUCGUUACGCUUAAUACAACGCUUUAGUCUCUUACGCAAUUAUUGUUUCUGCUUCAUCAAAGCAAAAUUGAAAACGUUAGACUAAAAAAUGGCAUUUAAUGAUUGCAUCAACAAAAAAUGUAAGGAAUAAUACAAUUUUAAUACAAUGUGAUUGUGCAAAUGAUUUCUUCUUACAUAAGAUGUAUUGUUAUCCAUUACUCUCACUGUUGGAUUUUGUUCCCUUUUUCAUGUAGUAUAUGAAGUAAAAAAAGAGAUCUAUCGUUAUGCAGAGCAUAAAAUUAGUACAUUCUGUAAUAUUUGACGGCGUCUAUGUUUGACGAUUUCAAUUUUUCAUCCGCUAUCCCUUUCCUCUUUGAGAUCAAUUCGAACAAACUCGUUGGACGUAUGUAAAAAGUGAUUAUCGCCUUAAGCGGCACGCACAUUACGAAACGAUUACUUCUUAAUAUUUUUGGGACCACUCUGAUUAAGGACACUACCGAGCGAGCUCCCAGGAGCCGAUUCUAUAUCCUAAACGACGCAGUAUUAAAACUCUUUGCCGGUGACAAAAAUAUGAUUCGGCGAAAAGGAAAAGAGGGGGAAAGACGAAACGCAGAAAACGAUAGGCAUGAUAGAAACCGAACGGAAGAUUAUCCUCGAGAAGAUCGAGCGAAAAGCCAAAUGAUGCUAAUAUGUCGAACAGGCAUAUCCCUAAUUGUACAUAUCCGUGAUUUUUUCGGUAGCUGUUAUUAAUAUAAAAAUGCGCGUAAUAUAUAUAUGUAUGUAUGUGUGUAUGUGUAUAUACAUAUAUACACACAUAUAUAUAGUAUACAUAUACAUACAUAUAUAUCACUCUCAAAAGGCCAUCGAGCUAUGCGCUGCAUUUUUGUACGUGGCGUGUUUCGGAGCCAAAGAAAAAAAAUUAUCUUUAAUUCAAAAAAUAUAUUCAGUAGAGAUAGUAGACGAAACGGAGUGGUUGAAAACAGGAGAAAAGGACAAGAAAAAAGGAAGAGAGAAAUUGAGUAAUCGAUACGCAAAUUUUUUUUCUCACCAUGAAAUCGGGCUGGCCCGAUUCCAUCAAUGUGUGUCGAUCUCUCAAAAUGUAUAAUACGAGAUGUCUUUUUUUCAUAAGUGUGAACUUUAUCACGUACGUAACACAUUUAUCUUGUAAACGGUUGCUUACCCGCAUCUCUCGUCGACAGCACUUUCUGGUUCAUCGCCAGCAAGGUGCAUUACGACGGCAAAAAUUGUAUAUGCGAAUUAACGAAUCGUGUAGUAAUUAGGUCAAAUCGCCGAAUAAUAUUGAUCAUAUAAUUAUCGAAAAAAAUAUCUUUAAAAUCGCAGAUUAACUUUCAUUUUUUUCUACUGCUUACAAAUUAUUUCUUUUUUCGUUUCAUAUUCAAUUCAUGCAAUAAUUAAUUUAUCGUUAAAAAAUAUGAGCUAUGAAAAAUACAAAAAGUAUUUUACUGUUUGGUGUAAGCUUUGGUACGUAUCUUUUCAAUUAGUUUCAAUUAGUAGUUUUAAUUCGUUGUGAAUUAUAAUUUUAUCAAUCUUUCUUAUACUUUUUAUUCAGUCUCUAAUCAGAUAAAUAUCCAAAAACAAUAUUAUCAUUGCACGUGCACGUAAAAUCGAAAUUUCCUUGUAAUCAUUGUUAUAGAACAAAUAUCAUCGAGCAAUGAGUCAUAUUUAUGCAUUAAAAUCACCAGUCGCGUGUGAUGCUUCAAAUGUAAAGUGGACUGUAAGACAAAACGCAAAAAAAAUUUAUGGCUACAUCAGAAAACUUUUUUCCUAGUAUGCGUACAGUACGCCUUAGAUUGACUUUUCUCUCUCGUCAUAAUUAAAUGACUAUUAUUACAAAAUAAAGAAAGAACGAGCAUUAUACGAGUAGCAGCUAACAUUAAAUAGAAUUCUCUUUGGCGUUAUUAUGUAACACUCGAGUAGCCUCCGUUCUCGUUUCGAGAAACAAAAACGCAUGUAAUACCCGUUAAACAAAUUAAGAGAAGCAUGCGACCAUCUUGAAACUUAUAGCGAAUUUAUCAUUACAAUAAUAUAUUAAUACUAUUGACAUUUUGUUGACGAAAAGGAAUCUACAUGUAAAUAAACAUAAAGAGAGAGCAUUUUUAUAAAU